AUGAGCACCGUCCCAUGCUUCGACUCAUUCCCAUCACCCCCACCCCCACCAGCCAGCCCAGCGCCAGCACGGGGCAGCCAGCCCAAGAGAACCGCCGAGGAGUCGACAGCCCACGAACGCAGGAAGAGCAGCAGGAAGACAUCCCCUCCAGCUCCAGACCAAGCAGACCAGUUCCUCAACUCGCUCAGCCAGCAGAUCGAGAACCAUCACCCUCAAGCAGCGAGCGAGCGCAGACACAGGCACAGGAAAGAAAGACCCACCCAGCAUCAGACUCGCCAAGAUCCAUCCCCAGCUACUGGGCACAGGAAAGCCAAGAAGAACAAGAACCCCCAGCCCAUCCCAGUCACCCAACCCAAGCACGGAUCGACCCAGUUCAGAGACCAGCUCGGCAAACUCAUCUUUACCAUCGAUCUCAGAGAGGACACCUUCAACUUACACCAUGGCAGACCGGACAGGGGGAAAGUACCACGCUACAGACGAGCCGCAGCUGGCCGCGUCCUCGGCCUUGACCCCCACCUCCGGAUCACCUUCUCCAGCGCUUACAGAGGGGAUGGCUUGCAACUCAGCCAAGAGGGACGCACCAAGCCGGUCUCCAUCUCCGAUCCAGCCGUGCUGCAGCUCCUCAACGAUAAGAACCUCAAGCGCAUCUCACUUUCGAGACUUCCCAACGGGGGAAAGCUUGUGGAUGGGCCUUCCGCUCCAUUCAUCCCCCUCGUAGAAUCAGACCGACCCAGCACAGCAGUAGAGCAGGAGCGCGUCCCACUGGGGAUCAAUCUCUAUGGGGAACCAGAAUCAGAGGAAGAGGACCUGGAGGAUUACGUGCCUCCUGAGGAAGACGGCGGGGAAUCUUUCCUCGAUCGGCUCAACCAUCGCAAGGGAGAGCUCGAGAGGAGGACCACCCAACAUCCGGAAGAUGUCGAGGCCUGGCUAGCGCUGGUCAGUUUGCAGGAUGAAAUGAAGGAGCUUGGACUGGUUGGGUUGAGGGCGCGAGUGGCAGAUGCGGAUUCAGAGGCCAUCAGUCGACACAUCCAGGGCACGAGUGACUUGAAGAUAGCCUACCUGAAACGAGCCUUGCGCGAGCCAGCCAACCAGAAUAAUGAACAGCUACUGCUCGCCCACAUGAAGGCAUACUGCGACCAACCCGAUCUCGAUCUUGCCAAAGAAUGGCAGAAGAUGCUCGAGGCACACCCCGCCGUUACCGGGCUGUGGAUUGCCUAUGUUGAUUGGAAGCAAACCGAGGCCGGAAGCAUGAACGUUCUCGAGAUGGUCGAAGUCUACGAGGAAUUGAUCGAUCGACUGGUCAGGCGAGCCGAAAACACCAGCACUCCUCAAAAAGAGCGUACCCAUUUCGAACAAAGCAUCGUCUACCUAUUCCACCGAUGCUGUGUCAUGCUCAAGCAAGCAGGAUACACCGAAAGAGCGACAGCGGCAUUCCAAGCAAUCAUGGAGCUUAAUUUCUUCAGACCUCAUCAAAAUGUCGAAUCACUCAACGAGCUCGUGGAUGAUCUUGAAGCUUUCUGGGAUUCCGAGGUUCCCAGGAUAGGAGAACAUGGCGCGAAAGGGUGGACGAACAUGGACGUGGCAUCAGAACCUUUAGAGCCCCAAACAGGAGAGUCUUCGCCCGAUCAAUCCAACCAGGUCGAGUCCUGUUCCGAGCAGAUAUUCGACAGGUGGCAAGCUCGGGAGAUGAAGGCUCACCAACCACUUCGGACCACUGAUCUCCAAGAUGAUGAAGAUCCAUUCGGCUGUGUUUUAUUUGAUGAUAUCAGGAAUUUACUCUUUCUGCUGUCAACCGACGACUCGCUUCAAGCGCUGCUAUACUCAUUUCUCUCAUUCAUUGGAGUUUCCAUUCCCCCACCGGACAUCGAUACCAACGUUCCCUUCUUCACCGACCCAUUCCUAUCGACCGAACUGAUUGAUGUCCCCGAACGACAAUCGACCUUCUGGCCCCAGUCAGCAAGCAAACUUUCCUUCGACCCCUACGGACCUACCGAGCGUUUGUCGGGGAUCAAAAAGCCACAAAUGAUCCCCUUCCGGAUUUUUCCUUGCGAUAUCAGGCAGCUCUUUGCCGACCCGUCGCGUUGGUUUGUCAACUUUGAACCUCCCAAGGACACCAUCAACUUCAUCAAGAAUGCCUUCCAAGCCUUGAAAACCACCCGGAUAUUGAAAGACGACACGUACUUCAAACUCUGCGAGCUUUCGUUUGAAGCCCGGGUCGACGCCUCGUCGGCAGCCAAGCUGGCCAAACGAUCCCUGAGUCUCGACCCACGAAACUAUGUUCUCUGGGAUGCCUACUCGAGGCUCUGUUUGUUACAGGGGAAGCCGAAACAGGCCCGGGAUGUGUAUGUAAAGACGCUCGAGAUGUCCGAGCAGGGCACCGAAGGGCUCGUCUCCUUGUGGUACUCCUGGGCAGAGAUGGAGUUCCAUCUCGGCCACUUCCGAUUAGUCAUCAGUAUCUUGGCCCGAGCUAUGAAUUGCUUGGACGAGAGUCCAUCCGAGCUCGUCCGAAAUACUUCCCAGGCGAGGGCGCCCGCCCUGUUGCUUCGCGUGCGACGUGCGUUCAUUGGCCACCUUGCAGGCGCGUUCCAAAACGACCCACCGCUCUCACUGCUACGCUCUCGAGUCUCGGCGGCGGCAAGCUACGGGACGUUCCAGUAUCUGACCGAGGGAUUCACGUCGGGAUGCGAGGCGUACGAGCGGAGCUUGACCGCGUUGGAGAGUCUGGAGAGCCCGGCGGAGGAGGAAGAGCUCUGGCUGAACUACAGUCGGUUGAUCUACGGACAGAUCCAGGACCAUCAGCAGUUCAAGCCGCUCCACAUCCGCGCCAUCCUCCACCGGGCCAUCGUCAAGUUCCCUAACAACUCCGUCUUCCUCGCCCUCUUCGCCUUCAACGAAUCUAAGAUGAAGAUCGAGAACCACACCCGCAGACUCAUCCACGAUAUCCUCCUCAACAUUCCCGCACUCGUCACUGUCAAUCGUUGGCUCUUCGCUAUCUGGGUCGAGCUCCAUCUCAACUCCUCUACCUACAAUCAGGCCGCCAUCCGUGGCUUGUUCGAACGCGCUCUAACUAAUCAAAGUAUUCGAGCUUGCUUGCAGGUCUGGGUGCUCUAUAUCGAGUUCGAAAUCAGGAACCAAAACUUCGACAGAGCGCGGUCCUUAGUCACACGCUCUAUAGCCCAUUGUCCAUGGGCCAAAGAGCUAUACUUGCUGCCGUUCACGAGUCGGUUUGAGGGCGCAUACGGCACGAGCGCGGGUCGGGCGAUGGAGAUGCAGCGCAUGGCCCGGCUGGUCGACGAGAAGGGCGUGCGGAUCAGAGACCGCACGGUGCUCGUCCGGCUCCAGGACGCCCCCGGAGACCGGAUGCCUCUCGCCUCGGACGACAUGGAGCUCGAGCUGGGCGAGCAGCUGGAGUUCGACGAGCGCAUCAAACUCUUGCCUUAUUGA